AUGGUUUCUCAGGAUGAGCUCAGGGCUCCUGCUACCCAGAUGCAGCUCAUACCACUGGCCCAGAUGCAGCUCAUACCGCUGCUUCAAAGGGUGCAAGCAGUAACCCUUGGCAGUGUCCACAUGAUGCUAAUUCUGCAGCCUGCAGUGGCCACUCCAGCCUGCAGUGGCAACCCACUCUGGUCCCCUUCCACGCUGUGGAAGCUUUGUUCUUUUGCUCUUCACAAUAAACCUUGCUACCGCUCACUCUUUGGGUUCACGCCAUCUUUAAGGGCUGUAACACUCAACGUGAAGGACUGCGGCUUCAUUCUUGAAGUCAGCGAGACCACAAACCCACUGGAAGGAACCAACUCUGGAGACAAUAGGAAGGUUCAAAGUUUACACGAUGGGAAUGAGCUUCCCCUUCAAGGAACAGAAAGGCUAAUGUGGCAUGAUAUGGGAUUAAGGCAGAGGUAUAAGCCAGGGCCAGCCUGGAGGGACCAUAUGGGAUCAAGUUUAGUGGGCAGCUGCUUCAUUAAAGAGAGAGAGGAAGAGACAGAGACAGAGAGAAAGGUACAGAUGAAGCUGAAUAUUUCCAGUCAGUACAGGAAGAGCCUGAUUCUGGGGUGAAGAGGAAAAAAAUGCUGAAAAGUGGGAAGAACUACUGAGGCUGAGAUGAGAGGACUGCUUGCAGCCAGGAGUUUGAGGCCAGCCUUGGCAACAUAGUGAGACUCUGUCUCUACAAAAAAUAAAAUAUAAAUAAAAUAAAAAUAUUAGCCAGGAGCAGUGGCAUGUGCCUGUAGUCCCAGUUACUCGGGAGGCUGAGGCAGGAGGAUGGCUUGAGCUCAUGAGCUCCAGGAAUUCGAGGCUGCAUUGAGCCGUGAUUGUGCCACUGCACUCUAGCCUGGGGGACAAAGAGAAAGCCUGUCUUAAAAAAAAAAAAGUCGGGUGGAGGUGGGGAAGAACCAUGGGAAUGGGGAAGAAAAGACAAGGCAAGAUUUAUCUGCCAAUUCUGUGGAGAUGGCCUAGCUGGUGCCCACCAAUGAGGAUAACUGGGGCAGCAAUGGGAAGGAUAAGGCAGAAUGUGCUUCCCACAGGGCCGGCUUCCUGGGCAAGCAUCUUCUGUGCAGGUGCACAGCUCCCCACACUUAGUAUAAUGCUUUGUGUCUCCAUCUUGAAAUUCUCAAGACUUUUAUUUUUGAACUUAUGUUUUAUAAAUGAAGUCUUAUGAGACAAUUGAACAUGCACAUUAGAGCAGAGAUAUGCUCAAUAUGCAGGUACACUGCUCCUUGCCACCCAUGAACAAGAAUUCCAGUGGGUUCACAAUGCAUGAGAGUUCAGUGAGACUCUUGAGUACAAGGUAAGCACAUCAUGGCUAUACUCAGGUAAGCACGUUAUGUCUAGACUCAAUAGCCCUAAGAUGGCAUAAUUUUGCUUAGAAUCAGAACAUGUCUUGAAUGCAGAAAGAAGGCAAGGAUGUUCUAAAAAACACAAUUGGUAAAGAACUCUUCCAUAUAUUUUCUUACUUGUGUUUCCUCCCUGUGUUAACCAAGUGCUUAUACUAAAAAUGCUGACCUAGAAGAAACGGGAAAGAUGGGGGAACCCAUAGGUUCUUUUCUUUCUAGUGAUUCCUUAGUACCAUUGGUAAGCUGAGGGUAGAAGGUGUUGGUAAGAAUGUAUGCAUAUCAACAAGUGAAAUAAAAAAAUAGUGUUCGUG